AUGAAGUCGAUGCGGGUCUAUUUGUCGCGUGCGCUGUCGAACGCCAAGAUCUGCUGGAGCAAUUGUUCCAAGUUACCAGCCGUCUGCAGUGAUCAGUGGUGCCGUUCAGAGGAAAGAGAGGCGAGGAUGCAACGGAAGGACGUGGAUGAAGAGGUGAAAGGGAAUGACAAGCGGUGCAGCGUCGAGGACCAACAACGGAGAUGA